AUGUAUUUCCUGAGCGGCUGGCCCAAGAGGCUGCUCUGCCCGGUGGGAAGCCCGGCCGAGGCGCCCGUCCACGUCCAGUCCGACCCGCAGAGGACUCUCCUGGCCGUGCUGGCCGCGGCCCGCCUCAGCAUCUGGUUCAGCCGACCCAGUGUGUUAAUCGUAACCUACAAGGAACUUGCAAAAUCAUCUUCUCAGUUUGGACCCUACAAGCAAGCUGAAUGGAGGCCAGAUAGUACAAUGAUAGCUGUGUCAACGGCAAAUGGCUACAUCUUGUUUUUUCACAUUAUAUCUACAAGAGGAGACAAGUACCUUUAUGAACCAGUGUAUCCCAAAGGAAGCCCACAAAUGAAGGGGACACCCCAUUUUAAGGAAGAACAGUGUGCUCCCGCAUUAACUUUAGAGAUGAAGAAAGUUUUGGAUUUGCAAGCACCCAUUACAAGUUUGCAGUCUGUGCUGGAAGAUCUCCUGGUUGCUACUGCUGAUGGACAGCUUCAUCUUAUUCACUGGGAAGGAAUGACAAAUGGAAAGAAAGCUAUUAAUAUUUCCACAGUACCCUUUUCACUAGAUCUACAAUCAUCUAGAGCAGGUUCAUUCUUGGGCUUUGCAGAUGUGCACAUCAGAGACAUGGAAUACUGUGUCACACUUGAUGGGUUUGCUGUGGUGUUUAAUGAUGGUAAAGUGGGAUUUAUUACACCAGUGUCCAGUAGAUUUACUGCAGAGCAGCUUCAUGGAGUUUGGCCACAAGAUGUUGUUGAUGGAACUUGUGUAGCAGUAAAUAACAAGUAUCGACUAAUGGCAUUUGGUUGUGCGAGUGGUUCUGUACAGGUUUAUACAAUAGAUAACACCACUGGAGCUAUGCUGCUGUCUCAUAAACUAGAAUUAACAGCAAAACAGUAUCCUGAUAUUUGGAACAAGACAGGAGCAGUUAAAUUGGUCAGGUGGUCUCCUGACAAUAGUGUUGUAAUGGUGACCUGGGAAUGCGGAGGCUUUUCUUUAUGGAGUGUGUUUGGAGCUCAGCUGAUAUGUACACUUGGAGGAGAUUUUGCUUAUAGGUCUGACGGUACCAAAAAAGAUCCCCUUAUGAUCAAUUCUAUGAGCUGGGGUGCAGAAGGCUAUCACCUAUGGGUAAUCAGCGGAUUUGGUUCUCAAAAUACUGAACUUGAGUCUGAGCCCAAGAGUAUAGUUAAACAGCCUGGCAUUCUGCUAUUUCAGUUUAUCAAGAGUGCACUCACCGUAAACCCUUGUAUGAGUAACCAAGAGCAGGUGUUGCUUCAAGGGGAAGAUCGAUUGUACUUGAACUGUGGAGAGGCCUCACAAACCCAGAACCCCAGGAGUUCUUCUGUUCACUAUAAGCCCAGCUCUUUGGCAGAGGGCGGUUUUGAGUCUCAGGGUUUAAGCACUUUACUCGGACAUCGACAUUGGCAUGUGGUCCAAAUUUCCAGCACCUACCUAGAGAGCAAUUGGCCUAUACGGUUUUCAGCUAUUGAUAAGUUUGGACAGAAUAUUGCUGUGGUUGGCAAGUUUGGUUUUGCACAUUACUCUUUAAUCACCAAAAAAUGGAAACUUUUUGGAAACAUUACCCAGGAGCAAAAUAUGAUUGUGACAGGUGGCUUAGCCUGGUGGAAUGAUUUUAUUGUCCUUGCAUGUUAUAACAUAAGUGACCGUCAAGAAGAACUCAGAGUUUACUUGCGAACAUCGAAUCUGGACAAUGCCUUUGCUCACGUCACCAAGGCACAAGCAGAGACCUUACUGCUUAGUGUCUUCCGGGAUAUGGUGGUAGUGUUUAGAGCUGACUGCUCAAUAUGCCUUUACAGUAUUGAGAGGAAGUCUGAGGGUCCAAAUACUACUGCUGGUAUCCAAGUUCUUCAGGAAGUCUCCAUGUCACGCUACAUUCCUCACCCUUUCCUGGUAGUAUCUGUCACUCUGACAUCAGUGAGUACAGAGAAUGGAAUCACCUUGAAAAUGCCACAGCAGGCUCGUGAUGCAGAAAGCAUUAUGCUGAAUCUUGCAGGGCAGCUCAUCAUGAUGCAGAGGGACCGCUCAGGCCCACAGAUCCGGGAGAAGGACAGUAACCCGAACCAGAGGAAACUGCUGCCAUUCUGUCCUCCUGUCGUACUAGCUCAGUCUGUUGAAAAUGUAUGGACUACGUGUCGAGCAAAUAAACAAAAGCGGCACCUUCUGGAGGCCCUCUGGCUGAGCUGCGGAGGGGCAGGGAUGAAAGUGUGGCUCCCUCUCUUCCCCAGGGACCACCGCAAGCCCCAUUCCUUCUUGUCCCAGCGGAUCAUGCUGCCUUUCCACAUCAACAUUUACCCGCUGGCGGUUCUGUUUGAAGACGCGUUAGUCCUUGGUGCUGUCAAUGACACUGUGCUCUAUGACUCUCUGUACACUCGGAGCAGCGCUAGGGAGCAGCUGGAGGUGCUCUUCCCCUUCUGCGUCGUGGAGAGGACCUCGCAGAUCUACCUCCACCACAUCCUCCGUCAGCUGCUGGUCAGGAACCUUGGGGAGCAGGCCUUGCUCCUGGCCCAGUCCUGCUCCACGUUACCCUACUUCCCCCACGUGCUGGAGCUCAUGCUCCACGAAGUGCUGGAGGAGGAAGCUACCUCACGGGAGCCCAUUCCCGACCCUCUGCUUCCCACGGUGGCCAAGUUUAUCACCGAGUUCCCCCUCUUCCUGCAGACUGUUGUGCAUUGUGCCAGGAAGACCGAGUAUGCCCUGUGGAACUACCUUUUUGCAGCCGUCGGAAACCCCAAGGACUUGUUUGAGGAAUGUUUGAUGGCUCAGGAUUUGGACACAGCUGCCUCUUACCUUAUUAUCUUACAGAAUAUGGAAGUCCCAGCAGUAAGCAGGCAACAUGCCACACUUCUGUUCAACACAGCCCUGGAGCAAGGCAAGUGGGACUUAUGUCGGCACAUGAUUCGAUUUCUUAAAGCCAUUGGCUCUGGAGAAUCUGAGACGCCUCCAUCCACACCUACAGCUCAGGAACCCAGUUCAAGCGGAGGAUUUGAGUUCUUCAGGAAUCGCAGCAUCAGUUUGUCCCAGUCCGCUGACAACGUACCUGCCAGUAAAUUCAGCUUACAGAAAACACUAAGUAUGCCAUCUGGGCCUUCGGGGAAAAGAUGGAGUAAAGACAGUGACUGUGCGGAAAACAUGUAUAUUGACAUGAUGCUCUGGAGACAUGCUCGGCGUCUCUUAGAAGAAGUUCGGCUCAAGGACCUGGGUUGCUUUGCAGCCCAGUUGGGCUUUGAACUCAUUAGUUGGCUCUGCAAGGAGCGUGCCCGCGCUGCCCGGGUGGACAACUUUGUGAUAGCCCUGAAGAGACUCCACAAAGAUUUCCUGUGGCCGCUUCCCAUCAUCCCAGCCUCUUCUCUCAGUUCUCCUUUCAAGAAUGGCAAGCUCCGAACAGUGGGAGAGCAGCUGUUAAAGUCUCAAUCAGCUGACCGUUUCUUAAACCUUGAACUAGAUGCUGGCCUUUCUAAUGUCCAACGAAGUCAGAGCUGGCUCAGCAACAUUGGCCCUACCCACCAUGAGAUAGACACAGCCUCAUCUCCAGGACCACAAAUGCAAGAGGCCUUCCUGUCACCUUUAUCUAACAAAGGUGAUGAAUGCAGUAUCGGUUCAGCCACAGACUUGACUGAAAGUAGCUCCAUGGUGGACGGGGACUGGACAGUGGUGGACGAAACCUUCUCCACACUCAGUUUAACUCAGUCGGAGCUGGAGCACAUCUCCAUGGAGUUGGCCAGUAAAGGGCCUCACAAAUCCCAGGUCCAGCUGCGGUAUUUGCUACACAUCUUCAUGGAGGCAGGAUGUCUGGACUGGUGCAUUGUCAUAGGCUUGAUUCUUAGAGAAUCCUCAAUAAUCAACCAGAUUUUGGUGAUUAUACAGACGACAGAGGUAGACGGAGAGAUGUUACAGAACAUAAAGACAGGGCUCCAUGCGGUGGACCGGUGGGCCUCUGCAGACUGUCCUGGAUAUAAGCCAUUUUUGAACAUCAUUAAGCCACAAUUACAGAAGCUCAGUGAGAUAACAGAAGAGCAGGUCCAUCCUGAAGCCUUCCAGCCAGUAACUGUGGGUAAGACUCCUGAACAGACUAGUCCCCGGGCAGAGGAGAGCAGGGGCUCCUCGGGCCACGGAAGCAUCCCCCAGGGCGAGGUCGGAGGUGGCGGUGUGGUCAGCCGGAAAGAGGAGAACACAGCCCGCACAGAGGUGGAGGAGACUUUUCAGGAUGGGACUUACGACUGUUGUGUGUCCUAA